AUGUCAUACAAGCUAUACUUUGAGCCCAAGAAUCUUGAAAUUGAAUUGGUUAACAAUGAAAGCUUUUUUCAAUACACAGAAGAGCAUGUCGAUAAACUGGAUGCAGACACAAUCGUCAAUGCAAUUCCAGAUGGUUUGAACCGGGGCGUUUACAUCAUAGACUCAAUAAAUUCAGGUAUAGGCAGGUCCGAUGAGAAAAACAUUUACACGCACAUCAUCGAGCCCUUAUUCAAGUCCUUAGGCAUUAAGCAUCAUCAUUACAAAACGAGUAGUGCCAGCUCAAUUACUGAAUUUGCUUCAAACUUUCAAGAUCAAGACGCCACAGUUAUCUUUCUCAGUGGUGACACAUCCAUUAACGAGUUUAUAAAUGCACUCAAUCCAGUAGUAACGGGCUCAAUAUCAAUUUACCCUGUACCCAUUGGAACAGGUAACAGUUUUGCUUUGUCCUUGGGGUUGACCGAUCCAUUAAAGUCCAUUGUACAGUUGUUGCAAGUAGGAAAGAAGUCUCCUUUGUAUCUUUACGCAGCCAAUCCCCCCAAAGGCACGAGAUAUUUGGUACAAGAUGAGCUAAAAGAGGAGGUUGAAUUACCUAUCUACUUCAUUGUUGUCUUUUCAUGGGCGUUCCAUGCAAGUUUAGUGGCCGAUAGCGAUACACCCGAACUACGCAAGCAUGGUAUUCAAAGAUUUAGAAUGGCAGCUGAGAACAACUUGAGCAGGGAACAAAAAUAUGAAGCGGACUUUUCAAUCAAUGACGAUGCAGUUGAGGGACCAUUUGCAUACUGGGUGUUGACUCCAUCGAAAAAGUUUGAACCAACCUUUGACAUCUCACCAAAAGGAGAUAUUUUUGAUGACAAUUUGUACUUGAUCGCAUUUCGAACCAAGCCAAGCGAUGAUGCCUACAUAAUGGAUAUCAUGAAACAGGUUUACGAUGGGGGCAGCCACAUCAACAACCCAGAUGUGAUUUACCGCGAAAUUACACCAGACGAUAGAGUACAAUUAAAGUUGAGAAAUUCACAAAGCUUGCUUAAGAGAAGGUUCUGUGUUGAUGGGAGCAUCAUUGCCCUUCCUGAUGAUGAAGAAAAUAGCAGCAUCACUAUACAAGUAAAAGACAACGCACUAGGUACGUGGAAGUUGUACAUAUUACAUUAG